AUGACGGCAGAAGAUCUGGCCAACAUUCAAGUCGAGGAUUUGAAGGACACCGACGGCGCGCCAGCGCUGACGAAGGGCGUCCUGCGGCGCGCUCUGGAUCGCGCGACGGUGGCGGGCACCAAGGCGAGCGGUCAUGUCGACAUCGGUGCGGGCCUGGCCCAGAUCACCCUGAGGGACCUUCUGCAGUCCCUGUGGCCGAGGUCGGCGAAGACCGAUGCGCUGGCCACCGAGGUACAGCGCGCUACAGCCAGGGGCAUCGCGCACCUGUUCAUUCACACAGAGCUUGCGGAGUUUCAGCUGCUAUGCGCGCGUGGCUUGGGCUGUUUUCCCGACGAUGACAAGCCCGAGUCAAAAGAGGCAGCCGCGUUGGCCAGAGCGUUGCGGUGGGGAACCGCGGCGGAGAGUCAGCCGCUUCUGGCGUGGACGCCAUUGCAUCAAGCUUUCGCCACGUGGAUCGUGGCGGCGGCUGUCACAGAUCAGAUCUCGUACACGAG